UAUUAAACAAUUACAGAUAAAUAAGUGACUAUGAGAGAAGGACAAAGCGGUGUUUUGGGUCUCACAUUUUACCAGUUUAAAUCCGUUACUUACGGGCGAUUCAAUUCCGGCACCGGCGAAUAUUCCGCUGUUUUAGCAUAUUCCGGCGAAUAAAGUAACUAUGAGUGUAUUUGGAGGAGAUAGUUGGGCAAGAGAAGCACAAUAUCGGAAGAGAAGACUCGAUGAAUUGAUGGUUGAUAACAUCCAUUCCUCUGUUUAUAAGAAGCUCUCUAGCAGCAAAUUCGCUUGCCUCAUUUGCGCUCAUCGUCCGGUCCUCGAUACCCCUCUCAUGCUCUCUGUACAUGUGAAAGGUUCGUGCCAUCGGGCAGCAGAGUCAAGGCUUAGAGAAGGAGAAUUAGGGAGGCAAGAUGAAAUAAACAAAAGAAUAGCCUUGUCAGAAUGUGGUACUGCCACCUCGAGCACCUUGACAUCCAGCCAGUUACGUAAAUCAGCAAGCAAACCAUUGAUCGAGUGCACAAGGAAAGCUGCUUCUGACAUACUUCAUCAAACUUUGGCACGAAGUACUGCUUCUCAAGUGGAUGAGAUCAAAUGUAACAAGGGUGAUACUACAAGUGGUCUAGCUAAUAAAAGAUAUAGUCAAUGUGUUCAGGUAGGAGUCGCAACAAAUCAAACUCUCAUGCCUCAAGCAUACAACCGGGAUCUUCGAGAGAGGGAGCUUAAGUUCACCUCUGCUGGCUGGAAGCGUGAUGGCCAUGGGAGGUGGUUUAGGGAUGAAAAUGUAGAGUUUGACUCGGAUGAAGAAGAUCCUAAUCUCUGUCUUCCAUGACUAUUGGUUGAAAACAAGGAGUUGAAUACUAGUUCCAUUCAAGUAAUAACCAGACGUAUUCCAAUGUCUGACGGUCCAAGUAAUUCAUGGUUAUGAUGCCUGCGCACGCUACAAGUUACAGUGUAAAAGUUGGAUGAGUUUUCAAUUUAGCUGGUCCGCGUUUCUGAAUAUGAUGCUUCGGUUUCUGUUGGAUAUGGAUGGUAAACAUGUUGCUUUGUAUGAGAUAGGUUUGAGCACUUGAGCUGGAAUGCUUUGCUCUGAUCUGCUGGAUACUGGUCGAGCAGCUGAGGUGACUAUUUCUUCUACUUCGUCCCUUUAAAUCCUCAAUUUGUGAUAGCCACAAACCUAGCAGGGUGAAGCCAUUGGGAAGUGAAUUACAUGGCCUUCAGUUUUAGCAUCUACUCCGUCUUUCCUCAGUCUAGGUGUAAAAUAAUCGGGGCUCACAGUAUAGUGGUAUUGCUGAAAGUCUCUGGCACAAUAGGUGUGAGCGAUUCCGCUUCCCUCCUGUCCAUUCUCUGAUCCUGAUUUUCUCAUGCGUUAGUUGAAGAUUACUGAGGCCAUCUUUGACAAAAUCCUACUUGUGAAAAGCAGCAAGAAAUGUACAAGCUAAACAUUUAUGUUAAUGCAAAACAAAGAAAUACAGGCAGUUAAUUUUCAAGUACUUUUUUAAAACUUCAAUCAAAUAUUUUCCGAAGGUUUAGAAGUCCCUCUUUUUCUUUCGUGGCCGACCUAAAAUCAGUUGCCCUUGAAAAAACUAUACUUGCACGGAGUCUUCACCGGGUACACCAAAUUCCAUAAGAAAAAUAAAAGGAUCAAAUAACGUGGUCUUUGAUACCUGCAUAGUGUUUUUCUUUUGUUAUAUUAUUUUUACGUGGUCUUAUUUACGCUAGAUAAGAAAUAAGGAUCAAAUUAUAAAUAAAUGUUGAUUUGCAAAUUGCAAAUAAUGUUUAAAGUGAAAGUUGAAGUGAUAAUAUUGUAUCUAUGGAUAAAUGGCUAUUGUGACAGAGAUGACAGUCGUACUUCCAUAAACUCUUGAACGAAGAGGGGGACGGAGAUAGUCGGGAGAUUUGGAGCACUCUGCGGGGUGUCGCGAUUUUGGGUAUUGGACGAGUCUAAAGGUUGAGGAGGUUAAGGCUGUCAUUCGCAGGAUGCGCAGGGAAGAGCGAUCGGGCCUGACAAGAUCCCGAUGAAAUUUUGGAAGAGCGCAGACAAGUGUGGAGUGGUGACAGAGUUGUUUAAAGUCAUUUUUAAGACGGGGAAAAUGCCUGAAGAAUGGAGCUGGAGUAUAAUGGUUCUUUUGUACAAGAACAAGAGUGACAUUCAGAGUAACAACUAUAGGUGUAUAAAACUGCUAAGCCACAAAAUCAAAGUUUGGAAGAGGGUGGUGGAGAUGAGGGUGCAGAGAGGCCUAUGUAUUUUUUGGAAUCAGUUCAGUUUCAUGCUGGGGCGUUUGACUACCGAAGUCAUUCAUCUUUUAAGGAAACUGGUAGAGCAGUAUAGGGAGAGGAAGAAGUAUGUUCAUAUGAUAUUCAUCGACCCAGAAAAGACAUAAGAUAAAGUCUCAAGGGAGGUACUAUGGAGAUGCUUAGAGGCUAGAGGUUUACUUGUGGCUACAAUAGGGCGAUCAAGGACACGUAUGAUGGAGCCAAGAUCAGGGUAAAGACUGUGGGAGGAGACUCAGAGAACUUCUCAGUGGGGCUGCAUCAGGGAUUAGCUCUAAGCUCGUUUUUAUUUGUCUUGGUGAUGGAUGGAUUGACGCAGAAAAUCCAAGGUGAGGUGACAUGGUGCAUGUUAUUCGUGGAUGACAUAGUUCUGAUUGACGAGACUCGUAUCAGAGUUAACGCUAAGAUGGAGGUUUGACGACAAACCCCAGAGUCUAAAGGGUUCAAGUUGAGUAGGAUCAAGACAGAAUACUUAGAGUGCAAGCUCAGCGACGCAUUACAUGAGGCUGGCGCGAUAGUGAGGUUUUGUAUUAAUGUCAUUCAAAAGAAAGGAAGUUUCAAGUAUCUUGGAUCUAUCAUCUAUGAAAAUGGAGAGAUUGAUGAUGAUGUUACACAUCGUAUUGGGGGAGGGUAGAUGAAAUGGAUGCUCGCAUUCGGAGUCUUCUGUGACAAGAAGCUGCCAUCAAAACUUAAAGGUACGGGCUAUAGAGUGGUGUGGUUCGACCAACUAUGUUGUAUGAGGCGGAGUAUUGGCCAGUCAAGAACUCUCACGUUCAGAAGAUAAAAGUUGCGUAAAUGGGGAUGUUGCGAUGGAUGUGUGGGCAUACUAGGUAUAUAGGGUUAGAAAUGAAGAUAUCCAGGACAAGGUGGGAGUGGCUUCAGCGGAUGAUACAUGUGUAGAGGAGAUGCACGGAUGCCCUAGUGCGGAGGUGUGAGAGGUUGACUAUGGAUGGUUUCACGAGAGGUAUUAGACAGGAUAUGACACACAUCCAACUUACCGAGGAUAUGACCUUAGACAAGGAUUAGGGUAGAAGAGUAGUGGGUAGUUGUGCAUUGUCUACUUAUUUGUUAAUACUAGUAGUCGUAGUAUUACUCUUAUAGUUUCUUGUCCUUAGAUUUCUGUUACUUUUUGUUGUUUCUUGUACUUCUAUUAUCGUAUUAGUUUGUGGUAAUUACUGUUGCUUUUUUCA